UGUUGUAUGACUAAUGCGUUGACUAUGGUGCGACGUAAAAUACAUGACAUUGUUCGUGUACGGGUGACCCCGGCCCCGGUCAACGCAAUAACUCCUCGAUGUUAAUUUUUGCUCACUUUUGAAGCAUCUCAAAACGGAAAGUGCUGUACUCUGAGAAGAAGAUGGCGGCAAGUGUCGUAAGAUCGGGAGUGGACGAAAAUGGAGAGGUGACAGAGCCAAAAGGCAAAGUGAAAGAGAUCCAGAAAGAAUGGUCCGUCUUCGAAGAUGGUGCUCUAGCUUACAAACUCCAGGAGGAAGAGAAUGUCACACACUAUUCGGGCAACAUUAACAGACGGCGGACAGUCAGGUCAGACAUCAAGGUGGCUAAAACAGCAGCCGACGAAGAAGCACUGCAGGCAUUCAAAGAGGAACAUGAAAAAGUUGAGAGAAACCGCCAGAUUGAGAUGGAAGAUGCCCAGACAGCCAAAAAAAUCCUCCAAGAAAUGAUGGAGGAAGAGAAGCAGAAGAUGAGAGAGCAACGUCAACGAGAGAAUGAGGAGAGGGACCAGGAGGCUGCCAAGGAGCUGUACCGACAAAUGAUGGAGGAAGAGAGACGACAGAUGAAGCAACAGAGGCAGUAUGAAGAGACAGAUGAGGAGCUUGCAGCUCGCCUCCAAGCUCAUGAGGAGAGGAAACGGCAAAUCUUGAGACAGAAGCAGCGCUCUUUGAACCAAGAGACGGAGGACGAACGCCUUGCCCGUCAUCUUGCUCGGGAAGAGAAACUGAAAAUUCAGCAGCAGCAGCAGCGAGCUCAGUACAACCCCAGAGAUGACAGCACGCGCCGCCAUCGAAGCAAGCCCAACAAGCAAUCGGAGUCAAGGGCUCAUAGAGAAGGUCCAGAGCUAACUUAUCCAAGGGAUCAUGGGCACAAGCACAGAUCAGCUGAGUCACCACUGAGAGACUGGCCUCAGGAAUCCAAGAGGCAUACUGAUAAGCCGAGACCACCGGCUGACCCUUGGGAGUACCAAGACAAAUUGAGACAGACGGAGCAAAGGCAAAGGCAAAGGCAGGCCGAGCCCGAGGAGGCUAGAGAUGGACAGAUGCCUUUGGAACCCCCAGAACAUAGGAGGAAACAUAGGUCCCUAGAGUCAAGAGAACAUCCCGACAAACCAAGAGCAGUCAACAGUUUGGAAUACCCAGACAAAUCUAGAUCAUUAAAGCAUGGAGAUGUGCGAGACGUUCGAAGGCCAGCAGAGACAGAGCAACAUGGUGACCAGCAAGAGCCGCUGGAACCUCCUGAACGUAGAAAGAAGCACAGACGACCAGAGCACAGUGAGCCUAAAGAUAAGCAUGGGAAGAAAGACUACCUCAUGCCAAAUGUUGCUGGGCUCACGGUAGCAGUGGACGAUGAACCAUUGGCAGACCUACCCAAGAAGCAUAAACCACGUCAGCUGCCGCGGCAGCAGAGCGCACCAGUCUAUAGUGGACGUGGACAAAGCGACAGUGAUGAGGAGACAGAUGUCAUCGCUAAAAUCCAAGAUGACGAGCAUCAUAGUACAUGCACAACAAAAAGUGGAAAACAGAAGGAACUUGCAAGGAGGCUACAGAGAGAAGAGAUACAGAAGUCUAGAGCCCCGGCUCAACUCUCUGAACAACAACGGAAACAACUCAUGCAUGAUCAGAAAAUUGCCAUCAAGAUGCAGCAUGAAGAAGUGAUGUUUUCCAAGAAGUCCACGUAUGAUAACUACAUGGGGAAAGUCAAGGAUGAGAUUGCAGACCCUGAUCCCAUGGUCCAUGUCAGUCGCCAGAACAAAACAGCAGUUCCUGCGGAUGCCAAGAAUGCAAGGGGAGUGCAGCUGACUGAUUACACAGCUGCGGAGGUUGCUCAGCAACGGCGUACCAGCGGGAGUGGCCAGUCAGGGAUGGAGGGUAACAUCAUCGCCAGCAUUGAUCCAACCUUCAGUAAGCCAGAUCCUGGUAAUGUGGUCCUGAUCAAGAAGAAAUCAAUUACCGAAGAGCCAUCUCCACCCCCAGAUGGUGACGAUGCCUUCAACCCCGUCCCAGGAACAAGGCGUAAGGACUCAAAGGAUAAGGGAAAAAGAAGCAGCAUUUUUUCCAAACUCAAGAAAAAGUAACAAGCGUCCGUCCUCCCCUGUACAUUUUUCCAGUUAUCCAAAAUGAAAGUUUCAUCAAUUCACCAAAUACGCAGAGUGUUUUCCCGUUUUUUUUUUACAUGAAAUAUAACCCAACGGUACAGGUGGAAGAAUAUAUAUAGGGAUACACACCUGUGGAUUGGCGAGGAGGUCACUUGUGCAUGUCUGUGUGGCCUAAGGGACUGUAGGUGACGAGACGAGAGCCAAAGGUCAAGGGAAACUGGACACUCUUUUUGGUGCUCACAGGCCGGAUAUGAAUGUGUGCAAGUGACCAAAUAUGGCAGUCCAGUUGUGUUUUAUGACACACCUCCGCCCAAAAAAGUUACAGGAGAAACUGUUCAGGUUUUGAUCGCCAAACUGUUUCCAUUCAGCUGUUAGCUUGAUUUAUAAGCUAUUCAACAUGUUUGUAGUUUCCCUGUGUUCAGGCUGCUGUUUACCGUUCUCGUCACUUGAGGGCGCUGUAAACCGUGCCCAAUCAGGCGGUGUUCUGUGGAUAGUACACAUGCUUGAUGCCUUGGCACACGUCCAAUUCACACUGAUGCAAAGUUCAUGCACUGGCCUAUACUAGCUAACCCCAUGUGACCAUUUUUCAGCCAAUCAGGAUUAAAGAACCUGCAAGAGGUGUGUUAUAAUCACAUUCAUGUUACUGAUUUUGAUGUUGAUAUGUAACCCAUGCUUACAUUCUGUGAUGGGAGAUUCUUCAAGUCCAUGAUCCCAAACAACUGUAUUCUGCAAAAUGGCAUUAAAUGUCAUUUUUCAGUCUUCGAAAGUCCUCAAAAGGUGGUGGAAUUAAUUACAAUUAAUUGCAAAUAAUUGGUUUUUGAUUUUCCAGUUUUUGUUUUCUGAAGCAUCAUGCACAAAGAGGAAGUUGUAUUAGAUUGCAAGUACAAGAUUUGAAGUCCUUUCACGAAUUUGGCAUAUUUUGUAACAGUAUAUGUGUCACAUACAGUAAUUGGGCACAUUUAUUUAAAUUAAAUGCUUCGACAGUGAAUACGCAUUGCUGUGUGUCAGUUCUAAUGCCAUGUAAAAUUGUCUUUCAAAACUGAGGUGAUAAAUGGAGUUCCCAGCUGGUCUGAGUCGACAGCAACAGUACAAACUACUUCAGUGCUAAAAAAGUUCCUGUCAAAUUUUAAUCAUGCUCUUGUAUUGUUAAAGUCAGGCUGAAACAACGGAAUAUGGACAAUGAAGUUGUUCCCACUAAUGCAAACCUUGCUGAACAAAAACAUUUUGCACUGAAUAUUUCCUCUUUCGUAUCGCUUCCGUGGUGUCUUUUAUUUUUUAAUUAGAAUUUGUAAAGCAUUCAGUUUUUUAGAAAAAUGCAUCUUGAAAUUGCCAGUAAUACUUAUAUAUCUGUAGAUACAGAAACUUAUUUGUAUAUUAAAUAUUCACAGGGCAAUAUAAUCUCUCUUGGAAAUGUGUUUUACUAUUUUACAGGAAAUAUACUUAUGUUACAGAAGUGAUCAGAGUUUGAAGAACUUUUGACGUUUCUUCCAGAGGUCUUUUUUUUUCUUGCUUUCAUCUAAGUAAUCUAGCAACAUUAAUCUCAAUCUUUCACUUGACUUAGUUGAGAAACACUGGUCAGUUUCUAUGAAUUGAAGGUUUAGAUCUUUGUAAAUAUGGGACGGCGGCUGAUUUAAUUCUGGAAAGUUGGGUUUUUUUGGGGGGGGGUUUGAUUUGGCAUUCUCAACUGAUUUGGACAUGUUCAUUUUGUAUCUGUAUUUUGUAUCUGCCUGAUUUCUGUAAACCUUUAUUUCUCACGAAGCUUGUUUCUUGAAAAGGCCGGAAUGUUUACUUCUGCUUGUUAUGUGGAGUUCUUUGUACAGUGAAGGAACCAAAAUAGCACAAAAGUGACUCAUGUUUAUCAGGUUAAGCAAAUUAAUCAGUAAAAGAGAGUUCUGGAGAAUCUGAACGCUCAUUUGUUUAAAUCACAGUGUAUCUAGUUUUGUAUCAAGUGUUAUCUUGCGCAUAGACCAGUCAGUUGUUUGUUGACGUUAGAAUGUGGAAGAUGCAGAGGUGAUGAAGGAAAGCCAAGCAAUUGGAGUUCUGAAAUGGUGAUAAGAAGCUGUUGCAAUUUCUCAGAAGCAUUAUUGAGAAGUAUAAUGCACAUUUCUUUUCAGAUAGCUUAUCUUGUAUAUAUUUCCAAAGAUUGGUUCAAGACUAUAAAUGGGCACACUCUCAAAUGAAUCAGAAAUUGAGAAAUGUUUCCCUUUGUAGUGUGAAUGCUAUGUUAUUCCUCUUUUGUAUUCUUUGUAUGUAUUUUUUUUUCUCGGAAAUAAAAUUAUUUUCAUCAAACA